AUGGAAACCCCAGGUUCAAAAUCUAAGCUCAACCAAAGUCAAAGCUUACCUCCUAAAAGGGGACAGAUAAAGAUCAGGAUAUUCAAGGGACUGGUCAAGUCUCUGUCUUCCUUGGUUGGCGGCGGAGGUCGUAGGCCGAGAGAAGAUGGAGGAUUUCUGAGCUCCAAUUCACAAACCCCAGCUCAAACCCCAAGUGGGUGUUGCUCAGGAGCUCAAUCAGAUGGCUCCGGACCCCUCAGCUAG